CUCGCUCAAUCUCUUUCCUUAAUUUCCCCAAAAAAAAAAAGCUGAAGCGUAGAGCCGAAUUUCGAAUCACCAUCACCGCGCCCUGCAGGACAGCUUGACGGAGCUAUGGCGUCCACAAACAACGGAGACGUUCUAAUGCUUGAGGCGCCGCCGGAGGCUCAGCCGGCAUGGUCCAGUGGCUCAGAGCUAAUAGAUGCUUUGCCGUACAUAGACGACGACUAUGGUGACCCGAAAGUGAAAGCAGAGGUGGACCGUUUAGUCGAGGAAGAGAUGCGCCGCAGCACCAAAAAGCCCUCCGAUUUUCUCAAGGACCUUCCUCCUCUUCCCAAGUUCAAUUUUGAGAAUCACCCAAUGCUUGCAAGGGAGUAUGAACGGGUGAGAGCUGGGAAGCCUCCGGUGCAAAUUGACACGUCAAGAUAUGGUCUUGAAGUGCCGCAGGGAAAUAAACGGAAUGAUGAAUCCGCUUGGAAACAAGCUCUUCAGAAAGCUCAGCGCUUAUUGCAGCAUCAAGUAAUUAGGCUUGAAAAUCUAGAUGUAAUGUUAAGUCAUGGUCCCGAUGCUUGGAAGCUAUACAACCAAAGACUGGAGGCUUUUUUAGCCAGAAUGCAGUCACAGGCUGUUAAGUUAAAUGAAGAGAUUGAAAGCGUAAAUCGAGAAAGGAAAUAUCACCAGCAAAACACUGCAUACGAGCUGAAUGCUUUGUCCACACAAUGGAGUGAGCUCUGUUUGAAAAAUACAGAAAUCCAAGCUGCAUGUUAUCAGAUUCAAAAUCAGAUUGAAAGGCUGAAGGAGGAAGCUAAAGAGAGAGGCUGGGAUCUGGAAAGUAAAAUGGAGAAUGGUUCAUUGUUCUCUGCAGAAAAGUGAGUUGUGAGUGUCGGCCUAGUUCUCGUCAAAACUCGAGAUUAUGCUACUGCUGGAUGUUAUGCCUGGAUGAGACCUGAAAAGAGCAGCAGCAGCCUCUGGCUUUCAAUUCGGUUGAAGUGGCUAGGGUUUGUUUGAAGCCCCUCUCAUCUUUUAACUGAUAGGUUGAAGAUUUCUGAAACAUUUCAGUUGACAUUUGACAGAUACUUCAUAAUGUGUGACAUUAUUGUUCAUUUUAAUACCGGAACCUCCUUUUUCCUUUGCAGGAAUUGAAUUACAAUUCUAAUCCUUCAGUUCAAAGUUUUCUGUAAUACGGAGUAUUAAAUUUGAUUCCAAUGCACCACCCAAAUUUAUAAUCUUA